AUGGCUAAAGCUGUAGAAAACUUUGCCAAGAUCUCCGCUACUGAUUUGCUUAGCACAACUCCAAGUCUUUUUGGGUGGCUGAGAAAAGAAGGGAGAACCGGAUUACUGUCUGUGUUCAAGAAAAUCGAUAGAUGUAAGUUCUAUCUGCCAUUGGUUUAACUCAGUUGAAGUCGAGUUAAUUCCUUAAAGGGGCUCUGUCACGGUCGUUUAUUUUAUUUUGUUACAGUAUAGUGUAUUGCGAAUAACCGCGCUUACUUAUGCUGCGCAGAAGAAAAAAAAAGCUCGAAAAUGACAAAAUCACUGACAGCUUCUUGUCGAAGACUUAUAUCUCGCAAGCAUUAUAAAAAUGAUACAAACAACAAAUGAACUUCGAAAAACUGUUAAAUUUUUAAAAGGGUGUCAAUGGGGUGUUAGCUUUAACGGUUGACGGUUAUUUACUAGUGGAAAUAUAUAUAGUCUUUGCUAUUUUGACCCUUAAGCCUCGGAGUCAUGUUAGAAUUUUAAAUAUCGAACAUGAGCUACAUUAUAACUUUUGUGUUUUGGAGGUUGGCUUAACCUUUCACAUGUGAAAUUUCUAAAUAUUUUCAGAUAUAAGCAAGUUGUAAGGUCUAGUAAAGUCGACUAUAGAGAGUGUGUUUUUCGGAGAACAUGGGAAAUGUUUCCUCAGUAAGAUUUAGCACGUGGUCAUGAAAGACAGUUAGCCUUAAAGCAGGGGUGAAAAGAGUGCCUGGCUUGAUAGCGCAACUAAGAUCGACGUUACAGCACUGCACCUCGAGUAUCGCAGAGGUCAUGGUUUCGAAUCUCGUUUAAGCAUGAGAUUUUUUUUUCACUUUGGUUCGAAGUUUAAGCAUGAUUCUUUUUCACUUUUCGCUUUGUUUUAGCGGGCGACUGUUUAGUUGCUAUGCCGAACGUGUUUCGCGUGUGAAAUGAUCCCCUGAUCCCGCAUUUCUACGCGUACGGUAUAUGAAAUUAAAUACAUUCACAUUUAUAAGGAUGGCAAUGAUUACUUUUGUACUUAAAGGCUGCUGCCAUGUCGCCAAGCAACGAUAGAGACGGGGUCAUGACAACUCAUUGCGCUGGAAACAACUGGUUGAAUGUCAGGCCACAAAGUCGCAUUUAUAAGAAAAAAAUUAUCGAGUCCUACUUUGCAAUUCAGAUAUUUUUGCAGUCACUUAAUUGAUAAAAGAAUAAGUUUAAAAGAAAGAAAAUUGAGAAUUUUGUCAAAUUUCUUUUUCAUCUGCGUGUCGUUUCAGCGUCGUUUACGCAGCUGGUCACUUCCUCGUAUACCGACUGAAGAUGACUGUACAAUUUUUUACACUGUACUUUCCGGCCUGGGAUAACCUCAGAUUGCUAUUAACUUUGAUUAAUUACGCCAACAGGCUAUAAAAACAUUAAAGAAAUGAUAAACUCUAAACUGAUAAAAAGACGUGAAUAACAACAGAAAAUACAAAGGAAGGCACGAAUGGCAAAAUAAUUGCAGUUGCGGUUUUUGAAAACUUGUUAGGCUAAUCGUUUUUAUUGUUUGUUUAUGCCUUGAUAAAAUGGUUUGGGGGAGAUAUUUGUUUGAUAUACGAUUCGUAAGCUGUGAUUUUGUUAUUUACAACCAGUAAAUUCCUCGGUAACGUCAAGUUCCUUGGCGAUAAAAGGCGCGUCGAGUUAUAGGAAAUAAUAAACCAAUGAACAGCAGCCCCUUAAAUACUCUCUACCGGAUUUAACGUUGGAAAAGAAAUCACUGGUUAAGCAACAACAAAAAAGCACUUUGAAAAACUGUUACAAGUUUUGAAACCUUGUAAAACUAACGGUUUUAAAGGAAAAACUUCGAAAUGGCCUAUAUUGCAAUCCUUUUUAAUAUUCUUCUAACUUUCACUCUAGAGAAGGCGACACAAUCAUGUUUACUGAUGUGAACUCUUACGAACCAGCUUAAUUAACAAUUCCCCUCAAUUCUCUUUUUUUUUAUAGGGCCCUGGUUUUAUGUGAUCCUGAAAACAGGAUAUUUGUACUUGUUCAAGAAGCCCGAUUCUCAAAAUUUUACGGAAGCCAUUUCACUAGAGAACUACAGGUAAACCAUGAUUUGCAUUUUCCUUUCGUGAAAAUCUUUUAAUGGUAUAUGUACAGGAAUGAAGGUGGAUCGAAAUUUCUCUAAGCCAACAAUUUGAUGUUUGGAAGCCUUAUACAGAAUGGCUACUUAAAAUUAGAUAAAUAGCGAAAGCUCUUGUUAAUAUACCUACGCAAACAUAAAAUAACAUCGUGCAAUUCAGACCCCUCCAGAAAAUACCAUAACAUUAACUGUAAUGUUCUUUGUUUGCGACCUCAAGAUUUUUUAACUCCCAAAAGAAACUGAAGACAAUGUGUAUGCGAAAUUCUGGGGUGACAAACAAAGAGCAUCAUUGUAUGUAAUGGUAUUUUCCGGAGUGGUCAAUGCUAAACGGCGACGGCAUUUUGAACUAUCAACUCCCUAAAAAUUACUGUGCAAGUUCACGUAUCCAGAUUCGUGUGGACGUAACCUUAGAGUGAAAACCAACAUUAAAAAUAUCUGUUCUUUAUGUGUUCUUAAACUACUCGUCUUUUGUGUUUAUGUGCAGAGUAUGUCAUGCCCAAGAAGUUACCAAAUACCCAUGGGUUUUUAAACUGAUAAGUUCAACAGAAGUAAAAACUUUGUUUUUUUCUGUGGAUACAGAAUAUGAUUUAAAGGUAAUUUAUUAAUAAAUACUUAUUCUGUUUUAUUUAUAAUGCCUUGAAUUUAUGGAUAUUUUAAGUUCAACGUGGUGUUUAUGGUAUUGUAGCUAGUAGUAUUAUUGCUUUUCAAUUUAAAUUUUUUUAAUUAGACGUUUGUUGUUGUUUUUUGUUACAGAAAUGGAUGGUUGCAAUUGUGAAAGAGAAAGAGGAAUAUAUUAGGUAAGUAGCCGAAAAUGAAAAAAACUUUUAGUGGCCGGUAACUUCCGAUAACCUGUUAUCUGCUUUGUUCCCAGUCUCCAUCCAACCCAUGAAACCACGGCCACCACGCAAGAGCAACGAAAUUGUCGCUUCUUUGGUUAGAGGUUAUCAUUAGAUCCCAUCGCCCGUAGCGCCUUCGGACACCUCAUGAAAUUUACACAACGCAGUUUUCCCCUUUACUAAUAAGGGUUAAGCACUGCCUUUUACAGAUUAGGGUUAAGGACUGCCUUUACUGAUUAGGUGAUUAGAGUUAAGCACUGCCUUUUCGGCUGAUUAAGGUUAAAACUAGUUAGGUUCCUUUUUUAAGUUGGGGUCGAUGCUAUAUGUACUUGAAUUAUUUCCUCACCAUCCAACAAAUCCUAAGUGGUUUAGUGGUUAGUGUGGUAUACUGGGUCUUCUGGAUAGUGGGUUUGAAUCCUACUGCCCUUCAUAUCAAUUUUUUUCUUUCAAAUUGAAGAGACUUGCACUUUCAUGAACAUUUCUAGCUUGAAGUAUCAUCCAAGUGUGAUAUAAAAGCAGAAAGCAGAAAACAGUUCUACCUUGAGUUCAGUUCUACCCAGUUCUACAUUUCUAGCUUGAAAUAUCAUCCAAGUGUGAUAUAAAAGCAGAAAGCAGAAAACAGUUCUACCUUGAGUUAAUUUUAUAAGGGGAGAAAGGGACUACGGUAGAUGGGAUCUAAUGCUGACUUUAGUUGGUCGAAGGUAGCCUGUGUACAGACGUCCCCCAACUCGAUUUCAUUUGAGGGGAGGGGGCAACUGUACACACAGGCUAGUCGAAAGCUAUUUUCCGAGAGCACUUUCAAGGAAAUUAUUCUCCUAAAAUAAUAAUAACAAAAGGUAUCAUUGCAGAGUUUACAGGGAAUCCAGGUAGCUGAGAAAGUGAUUUAAUUUUCUAUAUUUAAGCACCAACGCCAAGUAAAGCAAUUACUAACAAAUGGCAUUCAUGUUCAUUGUCCGACUAGUCAUGCGUACUGCGAUAUUGAUUAUCCACCACCAGCUGAUAGCCAAAGAUCCCCGCCUCCUCCACCGUCAACUUCAAGGAGACUCCCUGAACGGCCUCCAGCCCGUCUUCCUGAUGAACCGUCGUCAAGACGACCAUACUCACUGUCCCUUCCCCCUGAAUCCUCGGAAAAGUACAGUCAGCAAAGCAAACCAUUACCUCCCCCACCCAAACAAAACAGCCCGAAUAAAAAGCCCGCAACUCUACCUCGUCCACUUCCAGAGGCACCGGAGGCACGAGGAGGGAAGCUUGGACAUCUCACAAAGGCAAGAAGAAGCUUCUCGGAACCUCAGUUAGGAGUACAACAAUCAGGAGCAGCAUUUGACGGUGUGGUAAAACAGCUCAAUAAACAAGGCAACAGAUUAGGUCAUAUUCAAGAAACAGGUAAUUAAUCAUUUAUUUUUAAGCACUUUUGAAAUGAAUUGUAGACAAGGCAUUUAGACAAAUUUUCCUACCAGACGACGGACCAGUCAGCACUUGCGUACGACAAGCCGUGAUUGGUUCUUACCUACUUAUAAUAAAGCAUUGUGUUCACUUGUUUUUUCUUCAGCCCCUGCACCUCCGCGUUCUCCAAGACCUGCUGCAUCUAAUCCUCUGAGAUCAAACACCCACGGAAGGUACAACUUCACUAGCCUGCGAUUAGAAUCUCCAGUUACUGGAACUUGCAGCGUUCGCCUUUUUCACUUGUUGAAAAUCAUUUUCGUUUUUUUUUAUAAUCAUCAUAAUAUUGUGGGUGACAAAUUAUGUUAAUUUGUGAAAUUACAAAACUGCCAUGGCAACAUUCGGUAUUUUUUAGUGUCAAGAUGGCGUCAAAGUUUAAGAUUUUGUGAAGAUGUCAAGGAAUUAAAAGACGGUUUAUAAAGCCUAACCACACGAAAGAGCACAUCAAAAAAUGUUUUGUCAAAAAAGUCAGAAAAAUUAACUUUUCAGUGCGAAGUUUUCGAUGCGAUAAAUAAGUAAAAAACCCAAGAUUGCGAGUGUAAUUUUUUACCCAUGAUAUUAACAAGUAAUCGCAUGUUAUACUUGUGAAGUUAGGGAAUAAUUUCACUUGCGUUUUGUCCACAUUGAAAUACUGACUUUUUCGAGCCUUUACGUAUUACACUUUAUUACUUAUUGGCUACUGAUGCACACUCGUACGGGACUGGAACGUUAAGGCCAAUUAAGACUCUUGGGGAAGGGGAAUAGAGUCUCUGUAAGGGAGGGGAAUAGAAUCCCUGAUAAGCACCUUGCGUUUGUCGUGGCGUAAAGCAACGUUUGGAAAAAUAGCCCCGUUAAUAUAAAUCUUCUGUACAAAAGCAGCGCUAUAGAGAGUAACUUAAUCUUUGCCGUUGCCCGCUCCAGUAUAUUAUUACUGGCAUUUUGUGGCUUUAUCGAUCUAAGUUUUUUUUAAUCAUUAAUGCUUUUUCAUGUACUAUCUCCUUAUGCGUUUAUUGUGUGGGGUAAGUCCCCAUGAUAUGUCGACCAUUUAAAUAUUAGUUGCAUUAGAGGUGUCUUCCUGUGUCCGUUAAAAAAUUGAUUCUUGUAUACAUCUGCCUACGUUUAAAUUUCAUUCUCAGAUGUCCCCCAGACGGAUGUGAAAACGCCAAAGUGAAGCAGGUUGAAGUGAGUUGGCCUUGUUUGUAAUUUAGUUUCAAAAGAAUGGUACCUCAUCAUGAUCCUAGCAUAAUUUGAUCUUGACUUCAGAUGGAGUUAUUUUUCCGAGCGCUGUGAACAGCUAGCUCAAGUAGGUGAUCGGACCUUUGCUUUACACACACUCGCUAGGCAAUGAAGGCAGUCCUUAUGCCAACGUAGCAAGGCCAGUCAAUUUUGGAAUUGCUCAGGGUAGUAUUCCGAAGAGACAAUGUGUUGCAACACUUUUUAACGAUAGCUUUCUGAAUGCAUUGCAGGUUUCCCAAGCUUUUAAGGAGGACGCAGAUAAAGAGACGGCAAGCAGGUAUCGUUUUCCUAGUUUAAAAUGCGAAAAUGUACUUUGACAGUUACAAAGGGUUACGCCUUGACUAAAUUGAUUUCUUUUUUUAAGAGGACAGCCCUGCACGUAGCAUGAGUAUUUGUCUGAAAAGUCUUAGUCAUAAUAAAGUUUGCACUUAUGGUUUUCCACUAAAUAACUGAGGCACGUAAAUGUUCGCAUAUCAGUAAACUCGCCAUUGAAAAAUUGUUUCAAUUUUCACCCUUUCUUUAAAGAAAUCACCAUUUUUUGCUUCUCUCCAGACUUUUGAAACCGGAGUUGUUAGGAACAUACUUGACACGUCCCGGCAAUUCAGAAUCAGGAAAGGUAAGUGUUGAGCUCUUUAUCUUGGUUCUAUUAAUCAGUGAAAGUAAAAACUAUUAAAGAUUUGUGGAAAGGGUUGGCUGGAGGUGCGAAAAUGAUGAACCGGGAUCUCGUUUUGAGAGCCUGGGACUCAAACUUGUUCUUACCCCGAAGUUACAAAUUCUAAAACAAUAGAACAACUAAUACUGACGAACAGCAAUAUAUUAAAUUAAAAGGUGGUUUAGUGGAGUAGCCAAUAUUGCCAUUCUUUCACUUAAUACUCUUAGGUCUAGGCCAAACGUCGAACUUUUCAUGAGACGAACCAAGCUCUUAUUUGGUUCGGCCUAAAUUACCAUCUUACAUUUUUGUUGGGUCAGAUCAGACGUCGAACUUAUUAGGACGCGUCGAACUAUAAUCAACUGAGUAAGAUCAGUAAAAAUUUUCUUAUGAACGAGGCUAAAUAUACAGUAUCAUAUAAAUUUUUGAUUUAUCAGUUUAGUUUGCCGCAUGUGAAGAUCGACGUUUGUCCUGGGGACGAUCUUCAGACGUUAUAUCCGUCUGAAGCAGACGGAUAGAAGAUGUUGGACGAUCCAAACUCAUUCAGACGAACUUAACUGAACCAGACUUCGAACUUCCAUGAACUUAACUCACUAGGUUUCAUUCGUUUCAUGAAAAGUUCGACGUUUGGCUUAGCCUUAUUUCCCUUAACAGGUAAUGUGACGACACGAAAGACCGCCAAUUUUAAUUGUGGCACUCUAGGUAGUUGAAACUUGUUCAGAAAUUUCGCCCCCUAUAGCGUACACACCUGCCUACUCAUCAAUUUUGCUCCCUUGGGUUGUUGGUGAACUGGUAGCAGGUGAACGCAAAAUCUGUGCUUUUUUAUAUGUAUGUAAUUUACAGCUAGCGUUGUGGAGUAAACUGGGAAUGAUUGAUGAUUACUCUUCAGGCUGUAUUUAUUGAUUUUCCCGCAUUUUCCCGAAUUUUCCCGCUCUUUCCAGUCUUUGUCAGUGCGAGACAAGAAUGAAGACGGUACAUCUCUAAUCAGGCACUACAGGAUAUUCUUUAAGGAGGUUAGAAUUGUGCUCAUUUAGGUUUACAUUGAGGGAGGAAUUAAGAUCCUAGCACCAGCAAGACCCUAGAAGGGGGAUCAUCCUAGCACCAUAUGUUUUCUGUACUCGGGUUUGAAGGCAAAGGCAGAUUGCACUUCAAUCAAGCGCUUGGAUCUUCCUAGGAAGAUCUUAAUACUAUUUAAACUGCCUUGGCUAGGAAGAUUUAGGGACAAAACAAGACAAAAAUGGCGGCUGGUCGUUCAGUGGCUAAUCAUGGCAAUUAUGAAGGCCGACCAUUUCGUUUUUCGUUACCGCGAGCUGAUUAUUAUCAUGGUAAUUCUGCUGAAAGGAAGUUAUUGACACCAGUAAAGAGAGCAGAAUGGCAUUUUUGUUUUUGUCGCCCUCCAUUUUUAAUUCCUUCUCGAACCUUUUCUACUUGGGCACCACACGGACAAAAAAUGUCUUCAUUUAACCCCAACGUAAAGCAGUGUUCCGCCUUGUAGGAUCGUCCCGGUGCCAGGAUCUUCUUUUCUCUAUGUAAACAGUCCCUUGCUGUUUUGUCCUCUUGAGUUAUAGAAGGUUCGUUUUAGUUACAUUUUUUCAUACAAACCGUGGCUUAUUGUUUUUAAGAGAUUUUAAUCCUUAUGGUCAAUAAAUUAAUGAAAAUUUGGUACCUACGUCCAGUAAGGGCUGAUUUAUCAGACUCGUUUGACUCGUUUUCAUGUGAAUGUUGCCCGUAGCAACGGCAACCCGACGAGGCGUAAAAAUUUUCCCGCCAAAAAUUAACGCAUGCGUACCAUGCGUUCGCGUCUUAUGUAAAACGCGAAGGUCAUUUAUACGAAGUUUUUCUGGUCUUAGCUAAGACGCGCCUUAUCUAAGAACAGGUGUUAAGGGCUGUUCUAAAAUAAGACGCGUCUUAACUAAGCCGCGUCUUAUUUUAGACGAAAUGUGCCGUUUAUACGGAAAGUUCGCGUCUUAUUUAAGACGCGUCUUAUUUUUCCUCGUAUAAAUGGCCCUAUUAUGCUUUGGCCUUUAAAAAAUGUAAAAAAGGAAUAAGAUAUUGUUUAAAUAUUUGUUAUUCUGAUACAAGGUUUUUGUCCACUGGAGUUAAAAUUACUCAAUUUCCUGAUGGAUUCUGUCUUAAAAUCUUUUAAAAUACCUUGGAAUCAAGUCAAAAGUGGCAGGUUUUCAGUAGGCAACGUUGCCAUAUUGGAAAGAAUCAACGUUUCGGGACCAUACUUCCUUUCGGCUUGGCCAAACCCAGGGAAGCAUCAUUAGGGCCAUUUAUACGAGGAAAAAUAAGACGCGAACUUUCCGUAUAAACGGCACAUUUCGUCUGAAAUAAGACAUGCUCGUAUAAAUGGUACAGUUCGCGUCUUAUUUAAGACGCGUCUUAUGUAAGACGCGUCUUAUUUUUCCUCGUAUAAAUGGCCCUAUUGAGUAAAUUCCACACCUUAGAAGAUGAUGAAAACAACAAAUUUUAAAAGUCAGAGCAGAGAAGUUUAAAAUAAUUCGAUUAUUUUGUUCUAUUUUAUGGCUCGUAAUUCGUAAGCGAUGUAAAAUAAAUGAGAUUUAAAGGCUGACCUUAGUGUCCACAGACCACUUUUCUUUAUUUGCUUACACACGCCCGAAAAUAUGCUAGAACUGAGCAGAUUAGACGAAGAAUGUUGAAAUCAGACGUGUCCUUUUUCAUGAGAACGGUUUCUUCCUUGCAUAGAGAGUCAAAACAAAUAUUGAAGAAUGGUAGCUAGUGUGGCUUCCUAAUAAUAAAGAGUUGAUUGCAUUAUUUUGUAGUACACCAAAUGUCUUUGCAUACGACCUUUGUCUCUAUGAAUGCAAUCGUACCUUUUCUUUUCAUUUUUAUAUGUCGUCGUUGUUUGGAAAGAAAGGUAGACAAGAGCCCCCGUUUAUUUCAACUUGCUUCCUAUAAUACCUUGAUUUUUUACCUUGUUUUCUUUUUUUGUUUUGUUUUUGCAGGGUGUCGGGUACAGUUUGGAUAAUAGAAUCGGACCAUGGUUUGCUGAAAUUUCACAAGUUCUGGGUCAUUAUUAUAAACACCAGCUACCAAAUUCCGAAAACAAACUUCGUUCUCCUUAUCAGCGUUAA